UUUCCCUCCACGUUACCCACCGGCUACUGUCGGUAAACCCGCCACUAUAAAAAAACCUUAACCCCCUUUGUCAACGGCCUUCCUAAACCUUCCUCCUCCCCGUUUACUGCCAAUCCCCGGUCACCGGUGGCUCCUCCCAAAUUCCCGUUCUAGGGUUUUUUUAAUCUUCAAUGAAGGAUAUCGAUAUCUCUAACCUUUCGGCGGAAUCAUCUCAUUCCUGUUCUUUACUAUGAGCGCGGUCAACAUCACGAACGUCACCGUUUUGGACAACCCCGCUGCCUUCCUCAACCCGUUCCAGUUCGAAAUCUCAUACGAGUGCUUGACGCCUCUUAAAGACGAUUUGGAAUGGAAACUCAUUUAUGUGGGAUCUGCUGAGGAUGAAACUUACGACCAACUCCUAGAAAGUGUGCUUGUUGGCCCUGUUAAUGUUGGGAACUAUCGUUUUGUUUUCCAGGCAGACCCUCCGGAUCCAUCGAAAAUCCGUGAAGAGGAUAUAAUUGGUGUCACAGUGCUGCUAUUAACAUGCUCAUACCUGGGACAGGAAUUCAUCCGAGUAGGCUACUAUGUGAACAAUGAUUACGAUGAUGAGCAGCUAAGAGAGGAACCUCCUCCAAAGGUUUUGAUUGAUAAAGUUCAAAGAAAUAUAUUAGCAGACAAGCCUAGAGUCACAAAAUUUCCAAUUAAUUUUCAUCCCGAGAAUAAUGCGCCUGCAGAAGGGAAUCCUCCGACACCUGAUAAUGCUAUCGAAACAAAUGGGAAUGGAGAAUUACCCCCCUCGCCUGAUCAUUCGAAUGGGAAUGGAGAACUACCCCCUUCGCCUGAUCAUCCGAAUGGGAAUGGAGAACCGCCCCCUUUGCCAGAUCAUCCACCUCACAAGCAGUAGUUUGCUGGUCACAAUUUUUUAUGACUUUUCCGUGGUGGCCAUUUCUUGUGAAUUGGUUUUGAAAAUGUCGAAGACAAACAAUUCCAGUAACUCGGUUUUGAGGGGAACUUUUGUAAAGUCUUGAUUGAAAUGUCUGUAGCAUCUUUUGCCCUCUGAUCGCUGUAUCUGCUUGUACUUUGAGUUAAAUUUUUGUUACUUAUUAAAUUCAAUUAUUAAUUGAUGUUUUCACAA